AUGCCACCAACAAAACAGGAACUAUCUCUCCUUAUCGACCCUCUCGUCCCGGAAUCAGUCCAGCACAAUAACCGCUCCCUCUCAACCCUCCACAGCCUAACCUCCUUCCUACUCGGCCUAACGGCCGGAAUCCUCUCCCUAAAAUCCUACACAGGCUUCAUCUUCUACCUGAUCGGCACCGUGAUCAUCUCGGGUCUCUUCCAUCUCUUUCUCGUGUCGUUGAGUAAAGGCGGGAGCGCGGGUGUGUAUUUCCCCGGGUCCAGUGGGGAGAUUGAGGGGAUUGAUGAGCAGGGGGUUAUUCGGUCCUCGUCUGGUGGACAGGGACAGGGAGGCUUUGUUGUUCAGAGGAAGGGGGCGUGGAAGGAUAUUUGGUUAGGAGGGGGUGUGUUUGGGGAGGCGUUGAGUGGUUUUGUUUUGGGGUGGGCUGGAGUUGGAGGGGUUCUUAGGUAG